GAUUACGCCCGCUGCCCAUUCACGGGCUCUGUUUUGGUCGCGGCGGGUCAGCCAAUGGGAAGGAGUCGCGGCGGUAGCGGAAGUGACGCGGGCGUACCGGGCUCGGUACCGGGCCCGCGCCAUGGAGGCCUGGGUGCGCUUCAGCGCCCAGAGCCAGGCCCGGGAGCGCCUGCUCAGUACGCCUGUGUGCUGGCCGGGGCCGCGCUGAGCCGCGCCGGGGGCGGCUCCGGGAGCCUGAGCCGCCUGCAGCAGCUGGAGGCUCACCUGAGCCUGGGCCGCAAGCUGCUGCGUUUGGGGGGCUCGGCCGAGGCCCUGGGGGGGGCCCAGCGCUCGCUGCACCUGCCCGACCCCGUGCUGCGCUUCUGCCUCACCCUGUCCCACCUGAACCGGGCUCUGUUCCUGGCCUGCGACAACGUCCUGUGGGCCGGGAAGAGCGGGAUCCUGCCCGGGCUCGCCCUGGAGAAGUGGAGCCAGAGGGCCUUCAGGUAUUACCUGUUUGCCCUGCUGGUGAACCUCAGCCGGGACGCCUACGAGCUGCGGCUGCUGCUGGAGCGCGCCGGGGCCGCCAGGAAGCGUGGCAGGAGCCCCGAGAAACCCCCCCAGGCUGAGGGCAGCGCCCGCCUGCGGCUGCAGCUGCAGCUGCAACUCCUGCUGCAGGUGCUGCGCGACAACCCGCCGCUGCUGCUGGACCUGCUGCGCAACGCCUGCGACCUGCUGAUCCCCCUGGAGAGGCUGGGGCUGUGCCGCAGCAGCCCCGCGGUCGUGGGCUUCUGUGGGCUCGCCUCCUCCCUGCUCUCCAUCCUCACCAUCCUCCCCCCCUGGCUCAAGCUCAAGCCGUAGUUUUUGGGGGAUCUUGGGGGAUUUUGGGGGGUUGUGGCGCCUCUGGAAGGGACUGACUUGUGCCAUUCCUGACUUCUUGGAGCUACAAAGUUCCAGCAUUGGAUCCCUCAUGGACAUCAGCUCCCCAAAAUGUGGUUUUUCUCAUUGACUCUUCCUGAAAUUUUAGGGAAAAAAAUAGGGAUUGAACAUUCCCACUUUCUGUCUGGGAAGAGCCUUUCACCUGGAGCCGGCUAACAGGGAAGAUUUGGGGCUGGAAAAUGUGGGGCUCUGUGGGCUCGCCUCCUCCCU